AUGAAGCAUCUUUCACUCAUAUUUGUCCUUAUUGCUGCGCUUGUGCUCAGCGCACAGGCUGAGCCAGAGCCAGAACCGAACCCUGCACCGGAACCCGCUAAAGCUCAACGCGUCGUAUUACCACGUUUCCGUUCGGCUGCCGUCGAUGUCAAGGAGGCGCGCAAUGCCCAAAAUGCUGACGCUGAGAGUGACGCCGAAGCCGAUACUGAUGCGAAUGCCAAUAAGAAUGCGACACCCAAUAAAGGUGGUGCCAAUGCAUCCAGUGGUCGUUUGUUUUUGAAGAAAUUCCUACUCUUCAAGAAUAUGUUCAGUCAGCAAGAGCAACAACCCAUCAUACCAAUUAUUAUUGCCGGUAACGGUGGCGGCACCUCACCGACUUAUUCAACAUCACCAACUAUGACAGUGACUUCCACCGGUUCUAUACCCACAGCCACGGGUACGAUUACAACGUCACCCUCAACAACAACCUCGGCACGUGGUGAGCCGGCCGUACGUCAAGAAGAGGAGCAGGCGUUGGAAGAAGCUGCCGCUGCAAUUGAUGAACAGGAAUUACAAGCUGCACUUGCGGCUGGCGCACAAGAGUAUGUGGUGACAGAUCAAGAAAUACGCGGCACUUCCGAUGCUAAGGCUUCACGUGCACCGGCUCGUGUGAAUUUACGUCGUCCCGGUGGCAAGAAGGGUCAAACGGUGUCUGUGCGCAUACCGGCGAAGUACCGUAAAUACUUCAAGAACGGUCAGAAGGUGAUGCUCAACACAGGUAAUCGCCCUAUUAAGCGUCGCACUGUACAAAGGAAACGCGUCAACCGAGUACGCCGAAGGAAGAAUGGCGGCAAGAGACGUCGUGUUAAGAACUAA